GUUCAACAUUCUCAUUAGAUUUUUUAAUAUAAAAUGUCAAAAUUGACGAAAUUUUUCGUUGGGAAUUUGCCGUGGACAGUUAGCAGCCGAGAACUCCGUAAAUACUUUGCAUCAUUCGGCCACGUUGCUACUGCAGACGUAUUGUUCGACCAUUCUACUGGUUUGUCAAAGGGCUACGGAUUCGUUCAGUUUUCUACAACAGGUGGAUACGAAAGCGUAUUAAACAAUGACAAACAUGAAUUAGACGGGCAAACAUUGGUUCUUAAAACAGCUGAUUUUCAAUAAUUGUCUCUUACAAGCAAAAUUCCUGUUUUUUUUAUAAUAGACCUAUUAGUAUAUAAUAUAGCUUAAGUAAUGGAUUUUAA